AAAAAAAAAAGAUAAAAACCUUGUUUGGAUUUGGCCAAAUUACGGAAUCUCCAUGGAAUUUUUUUCUAUGGACCGACAAUGGGUUCAAAUGGUGCCAUAAAUGGAGACGACAACACUUCAUUCCCCAAUGGUUUUUGCAGGAACAGUAGACCGUUGCAUCUCAUAUAACGCAAGACAACACCUCUCUUAUCUCCUCCAUCAAACUGACCCCAUCUCAUCUUUUCUUGUCAAUUGUAUCCUCUUCUUUGAUUUAUUUCUUUCUACUAUUGCACCCAAACCGCCAUCCACCCACCCACUCAAUCAUCUCUCUCUUUUCCCAUCUUUUAUUUCUUUUUCAUUGAUUAGUAGACCUAUUGCCCAUAUCAAGAUUUCUCCUCCAUUUAUACUUCUACACUUCUCUCUCUCUCUCUCUCUCUCUCUCUCUCUCAAACCAUCCCUUCCCUCCACUUGAGCUAUAACCAUGGAAAUAGAGCCCAACUCUUCAAUAGAUCUCACCUUGUCAAACCAAGAUCUCAACCUGGAGCUCGUCCUCGAACCAUCCUCUUCAUCUUCAUCAUCAUCCCUUGGUCCCAACGAGCCUCGAGUUUUCUCCUGCAACUAUUGCCAGAGAAAAUUCUACAGCUCACAAGCUUUGGGUGGUCACCAAAAUGCUCACAAAUUGGAGCGCAGCCUAGCCAAGAGAAGCCGGGAGUUGAGUUCAGCUGUACGACCACAUGCCGCUUUGAGCCAUCGAUCAGGGGCUGAUAGUCGACGCAGUCAGCCGCCCUUUGCCGACUUGGAGCACCAACGCCAUGUAGAAAGGUUCAGUGGUGAAGUUGGUUAUGAGAGGAGAGAAAUGGGUUACAUCUCUGCCGGAAUGGAAGGCCCUUGGUCCAGCAUCCAGAGGCCUGAGAACGUCCAGAUAGAAGAAUUCAACCACCUAGACCUGUCUCUUAGGCUUUGAAGUUUGAAUUACUUCUUCUAAGUUUUUCUUCCUUUUGCUAGAUUAUAUUUUUUGUUUUCAACUUUCUUGGUUGAUGAUUUCAUGUGAAAUAGAUGAGGGAAGAGAAGCAUAUCAGAGAAAUGAUUUUACGAGUGCUUGGGGUUGUGAUCAAUACCUUCUGUUGAUAUUGACAGUGUGAUCAACUGAUCAUGGAAGUUAAAUAUAGGACUGUUGUUAAUGAAUAAUCUGAGAAACAAGUGGCGAGGAUAUAUUCUGGUCAUUUAAUAAAGACCAAUAAUUGAUAUUUUCAUUACAUUUCUCUCUUUUGUAAUAUUAAAAUCUCUUCUCUUGCUUCAAUUAGACAUGGAGAGCCGGUGACACCGCCUCUUGUUCUCUGCAAAUGCCACUGUGGAUGUUUAGACCUUCAAACUCGAAAUCUUGGAUUUUCUGGAAACAAGUAGCGUGGGAGUUCAGAUCCUUUUUCAGCUUAGCAGGUGUGAGAACACUGGCAAUUGUAUGUGUUUUGGAAAUAAUAAUGCUUAU